CGCUCGGAGCGGUGCCUGCGGGGGGGGAUCGGCUCCUGCCCGCCCGGACAUGGCUGGGCAGAGAGGAGGGCUGCCCCUGCCCCUGCUGCUGCUGAGCCUCGCCGGCCUUGCUGUGCCGCACCUCGCGCUGGGGACCACCACGGAUGUGACAGCAACCAUGUCCCCGACAAUCUCUACCUCCCCAACACCUAUGGAGGCCUCGGCGCUGCUGCCCACCACCGACUCCACCACCGCAGCCGCCCUCCCUCCCUCCAGCCCUGAAAUGGGAGCCUUUACCCCGGAGAGGUCCAGCACAUCCCCGGGGACCAGCAGCGCCUCACCUCCCACCGUGCCUCCUCCCAGCACACCAGCACCGACAGCCACUUUGGCCAAGCCCUUGACAACCCUGGCAGACACCACAGCCACCCCCAUUAUCAGCACGAGGGUCACCGGGAGCACCCCCGCUCCCAGCCAGCUGGCCGGGACCACAUCCAGGACCACCUCUGGCAUCUCCACCCUGACCGUGGGCCUGACCCCAGGCACGCUGACAGUAUCUGGAACCCCCAGUACAGCCACGGGCACGGAGCCCUCUUCCCCUGCCACCGACUCAACCCAGACCCCAGAGGUUACCCUCAGCACCCCUGCAGACCUGCCAACAACGCUGCCUGUCUGCCCCACUGCCACAUCCAACACCAGUGCAUCUCACCUCUUUCUGUCACUGCGGCUAACCGUCCCCCUGGACCUGGGAAACACCACGGUGCAGGAGCUGGUGUUGUCCAAGCUCCGCGGGGACCUGCAGAUGACAUUCCCGUGUGCUGGCCUGGCGGUGGAGUGGCGAGGGCAGAGGAGGACCUGACCACUGCUCCUCACCUGGCUGACACCCACGUGGACUGGCAAGCCUUCUGCUCCCAGCUCCUUACUCCAUGGCGGUGCAGCCCUUUGGGAUAACCUGUACAGCUCCCGUUGAACCUGGGACCCCCCCGCCCUUCACUGCACACCCACAGAGGACUCCCAGUGCCCCCCAUGGGCUGGGGUGCCCCUGCCCCUUCCCACAGCUUGUCUAUAGAGCCCAAGCCCUCCUACCACCCUGCACCAGACCUGGCUCCUGCGGUGGGACCCCCCAGUGCUGCUGGGGGGCUAGGAGGAGAGGACCGUGCAGGGGCUGGGCUUUUACAGCCGGGUCUGAUAUGGCUCAGCCACAAAAGCCACCCUGGGAACCGAUGGAUGAGAGAAAGGAGACCUGGAGCCCCCAGUACUGCUGUGCCCAGGGCACUUGGGGGUUCAGUGCUGGUGACCUCUGAGGUUUGCAACCCAGGGAGGCUGCGGUGCCCGAGGUCUUCAAGAGAUGCUCCAUGUCUGCUUCACAUCCAAAGUGGGCCAAGAUGGAGCCUGGGGUGGCUCUGGGAAGGAGGCAGGAGAGGAAAAGAGCCCCCCGCUCCCACCUGAACCCCUUCCUGGGGCCAGCCGAGCUCCUGAGCCCUGAAGCACAGAGGGUGAGUGAAGCCAGAGUCUGGCACACCAGCUCUCCUCAGCUCACCUGCAGUAUUGCUGACAGAGGAGCAUAUCCACACCAACACGGGCUGGGCAGUAAAGGGGAAUCCCACGUUUUCUGUGGCAAAGAUGACGACUUCUUUUUUUGCCAAGUUGCCUUCACCAGUUUUCAGCUUCACCGUCUAGCAGAGGUACCGGCAAGGAAAAUCGUCUGAGUCCCAAAAGCUUCGCAGUGGAGAGAUGGGCUCAGGGCUGUGCCCUCCUGGCAGGGGCUGCUGCAGAUGUUCCCGAGGAUGGCUCAGCAUCCCAACAGUCUGGGGGUCCCUGCUUUGGUGCUCUCUGCCCCAUGACACCCCACGGCUGCUGGGGCAGCUGUGUGCACCGUGGAGCCGUGGAAAUCCCGUGGGCUGUGCUCCUUCCCUGUUUUUUUCCAGUCCCCAGCUAAGGAGACGGCCGCAGCGUCUGUCCCCCUGCAGCAAAGUCAUUUAUUAACUGAUUAAUUAGCCAGAUAAAAUCCAACCGAAGCAAUUAUUAGCCUAAGCAAGUCACCUCGCCGGGAGAUUGAAAACUGAAA